AUGUCGUCGCAGGAAGGCACGGCGCAUAUUCAACCGCACCCUGCUCGAGACAACCACCCAGCCCCCACGGGCCUCGAUCGCGCUAGUGGCGCUGUCCAGGCGCCACCCGGUCUCCAGACGCUCGACGCGACGACUGCGUCGCAGCUGGAGCAGCCGCUUUCUGACGAAGAACUGAAGAAGCGGUCGGAGGCUCUGAAUGCUACGAACCUAUAA